AUGGAGCAUCAUCCUCUCAUCAACGACUGCACUUUCUCUUCUGCUAACCCAUGUUUAUCAGAAAUUUGGCCUCACUUUCCAUCUCAAAACAACAACAAAAGAAACAACUCUCUCUCAAACAAUGACUCUGCCACUAAGCAUAUAAAACUAGCACUACCAGAAGAUGAUCACAACGCGGCGUUUAAACUCGAGCCUGAUACAAAUUCAGUAGAAAAACAACAACAGAAUGUGAAGACUUCUUCUGAACAGCCACCGCCACCGCCACCAAAGCAAGAUUACAUUCAUGUUAGAGCCAGAAGAGGCCAAGCUACUGAUAGUCACAGUCUCGCUGAAAGAGCAAGAAGAGAAAAAAUUAGUGAAAGAAUGAAAAUUCUACAAGAAUUAGUUCCAGGAUGUAACAAGGUAAUUGGUAAAGCACUUGUGCUUGAUGAGAUCAUCAAUUAUAUUCAAUCACUACAACAUCAAGUUGAGUUUCUUUCAAUGAAGCUUGAAGCAGUUAAUUCAAGAUUGAAUAUGCACUCUUCUGUUGAUUGUUUCCCUUUAAAAGAUGUUGGUGCUCAACCAUCUGACCUUUCGGGAAUAGUAUUUGGAUCGCAAGCAGGAAGGGGCUAUGCUCAAGGAUCACAGCCAGGAUGGCUACAUAUGCAGCUAGCGGGUGGUUUAGAUAAAACAUCAUAA